AUGAAGGAGGUCGCAGACGGCUGCUUCCAGCAGCUUUACGGCGAAAUUGUGCGCUCCAUGCUAGAACGCUAUUCAUGGCAGGUAAAAGGCUCGAAAGAAGACACAAACGGAACAAUCCCAACACUAGAAGAAAUGGCGGCCCAUCGUGAGGCUGUUAUCGUUAAGCUUGAAGCUAUGGGCUAUAAUGUGGGCUAUCGCUUUGCAGAGAGAGCAGCUAGAGACAGGCCACGUAUGCUGGAACCAUUGGACUUGAUCAAGUUUGUGUGCAAGGAGUUUUGGAUCACUAUUUUCAAAAAACAGAUCGACAAGCUACAGACGAAUCAUCGAGGCGUGUUUGUGGUACAAGACUUUAGCUUUCGUUGGCUUGCUGGUAUAUCUGCUGCUACGGAACAAGAGACAAAAGAGAUGGCUCUACUGUUUCUUGUAUUUCCUUGUGGAUUGAUCCGAGGUGCACUUGCCAAUCUCGGGCUCACGGCCAUUGUCAAUGGGGACGUCCCAGACGUCCGUGCGCUUCCUGGGUGUUUAUUUAACAUUAAGAUUAAGCAGGGAUGA